AUGAGCAUCUUAAAAGAAACUCUGGAGAAAGAAGAAGUUAAAGAAUACCACAAACCGGUUGAGGCGAGAUAUUGCGACUUUGAGCUUUACAAAAGCAAAAGUAACGAACUUGCAACAAUUAUAACAGACAACACGCAAGAUGCUGAACCUAUACCGCCAAUUCUAAAAGAAGAAACAGAAAGAGGUAUUCUUACGCAGAAGUUAGGAAAAACACCCGGACCUGAUCAAAUCACCAAUGAACUCUUUAAAUUGUCAAUGCUUGUAAUUAAACUAACGAAUUUGUUUAACGAAAUAGUAAUCGCUGAAAUCAUUCCAGAAGAUUGGACUAAAUUAACUAACAAUCUUGAUGAAAACCAACCGAAGGAGCAAGCUGGAUUUAGGAGCAACUUCUCGACCAUCGACCACAUACACGUGCUAUGUGCUCUUAGCUUUUUAGCUACAGGGUCCUACCAAAAAAUUGUGGGUGUGGGCCACUAUUUGACACAGCGGACAACAAGUCGCUGCAUCAGAGAGGUAGUAAACGCCCUUAACCAUAAUUGGAUGGUCAGUAGGUGGAUAGUGUUUCCACAAACACCUCAGGAGAGAUCCAUAAUCAAAGAGAAGUUUCAAAGGACACAUAAUUUGCCUGGUGUGAUAGGGUGCAUUGAUUGUACCCACAUUGCAAUUGUAAGACCGGCUGAGGACGAACAUUUAUUUUAUAAUAGAAAAGGAUUUCAUUCCUUAAAUGUUCAAAUGAUAUGUGAUUAUGAUUUAAAAAUAACCAAUGUGAACACUAAAUUUGGUGGAGCUGCUCAUGACUCCCACAUAUGGUCAGCGAGUCAUGUGGGCACAUACAUGGAAGGGCUUCAUGAAAGUGGUGAACAUGUUUGGUUACUUGGAGAUUCUGGCUAUCCACAGCGCCCAUGGUUAAUGACGCCCAUAUUAAAUUGUGAACCAGGGUCGCAAGAAGAUACAUACACAAGACGUCAUGUCCAAGCGAGGUCUCGCAUUGAACGCUGCUUCGGAUUACUCAAGGCUCGAUGGAGGUGUAUGCUUCGACACAGAGUCCUUCAUUAUCACCCGGAGAUGGCUAGUAAAAUUACAAACGCAUGUUGUGUGCUGCACAACAUUGCAUUACAUGCUAGUAUACCACCUCCGAGUGAUAUGCCAGCCGGGAGCUUAGAAGGUAGUGAAGAUGAUGCUGUACACCAUAGCACCUCCAUCAAUGAUAACCAAAAUGAGUUAAUCCGAGGCAGGGCUAUGCGAAGCCGCUUAGUUAGUAGGAUGUGAUUAAGUUUAUAAAUAAAAUUAAGUUGAAAAUUUGUAUAUUUUUAUUAAUCCA